GGUCUUCCUCGUUACAGAUGAAAGAUGGCGGCUGUGAGUAAGUACCUGACAGGCAGGAGCUGCUCCAUCACAGGUGCUUUAGCCUUAAUCUCUUUCUGUCUGCUCAAACACAGGCGACGAGCUUCACAGUUCAAUAACAGGUCUAACAGGAAUUCAGACUCAUCUCAGGAUGGCAGGAAGGACAAAGCCACUGUGGAUCAACUCUUCGUCUCUCGCAUCUACAAGAUCCUGAAGGUUUUGAUUCCGCAGCUGUUCUGUAAAGAGUCGGGGUAUCUGGUGCUCAUCGCUGCCAUGCUUCUGGCUCGAACGUACUGCGAUGUCUGGAUGAUCCACAACGGCACCAUGAUCGAGAGUGCAAUCAUUGGACGAUCAACAAAAGCAUUCAGAACCUAUUUAUUUAACUUCAUGGCUGCUAUGCCACUUAUCUCAUUAGUGAAUAAUUUUCUGAAACUGGGACUGAACAAGCUGAAGCUGUGCUUCCGUGUCAGGCUCACAGAUCACCUGUACACACACUACCUCAGAGGCUUCACCUACUACAAAAUGGGGAAUGUGGAUAAUCGCAUCAUGAAUCCGGACCAGCUGCUGACACAGGAUGUGGAACGGUUCUGUAACAGCGUGGUGGACCUGUACUCCAACAUCAGCAAGCCUCUACUUGACAUCGUCAUUUACCUCCUCAAACUGACCACAGCAUCCGGAGGCGAGGGCCCAGUUGCUUUGUUGAGUUAUCUGGUGUUCUCUGGUCUGUUGUUGACGUGGUUGCGGCGGCCGAUCGGGAAAAUGACUGCAACUGAACAGAAACAUGAAGGAGAAUUCAGAUACACAAACUCCCGGCUAAUUACUAACAGUGAGGAAAUAGCCUUCUACAAUGGUGGCCAAAGAGAAAAGAUCAACAUCCAUCAAACUUUCCACAAACUGGUGGAACAUCUGAAGCGUUUUAUCUGGUUCCGCUUCUCCGUUGGAGUUGUAGACAGCAUCGUGGCUAAGUACAUCGCCUUCAUGGUCGGAUACCUGGUGGUCAGUCGGCCAUUUUUAGACCCGACAAACACGCGCCAUGACCACAGCACACACGCCCAGAGACUGGAGGAGUAUUAUCAGAGUGGCAGGAUGUUAAUCAGUAUGGCUCAGGCUUUGGGGAGAAUCGUUCUGGCGGGGAGAGAGAUGAGCCGACUGUCAGGCUUCACAUUGAGGAUCAGUGAGAUUCAGGACGUGUUGAAGGAUUUAAACAGUGGCAGAUAUGAGCGCAGCUCCGUCGUCUCAGCAGGAGGAAAAGCUCCAGAGGAAGUGGAGAACUCGGCUCUGCUCCCCGGCACGGGAGACAUUAUUAUAGCUGAUAACAUCAUCAGGUUUGAACACGUGCCCCUGUUAACACCUACCGGAGACGUCCUGAUCCGGGAUUUAUCCUUCGAGGUGCUGUCAGGGGCGAAUGUGUUGGUGUGUGGUCCAAACGGCUGUGGGAAGAGUUCACUGUUCAGAGUUCUGGGAGAGUUGUGGCCUCUGUUUGGAGGGCGUCUCACCAAACCACACAGAGGGAAACUCUUCUACAUCCCACAGAGACCGUACAUGACUCUAGGUACACUCAGGGAUCAGGUGAUUUAUCCCGACACACACAAGGAGCAAAUCCGGAAAGGAAUCUUGGAUCAGGUGUUGAAGGAUUACCUGGAUAAGGUGCAGCUGUCUCACAUCCUGGAGAGAGAGAGAGAGAGUGGGUGGGAGAGCGAGCAGGACUGGAUGGAUGUUCUGAGUGGAGGAGAGAAACAGAGGAUGGCGAUGGCUCGUCUGUUCUACCACAAGCCUCAGUUCGCCAUUUUAGACGAGUGUACGAGCGCCGUGAGUGUGGACGUGGAGGAUUACAUCUACAGCCACUGCAGGAAGGUUGGAAUCACACUGUUCACUGUCUCACACAGGAAGUCACUGUGGAAACACCACGAGUUUUACCUUCACAUGGAUGGUAGAGGAGGUUAUGAGUUCAAGCGCAUCACUGAGGACACAGUGCAGUUCGGCUCCUGAGUGUGUGUAUGAGAGUGUGUGUAUGUGUAUGUGUGUGUGUGUGAGUGUGUAUGUGUGUGUGUUUUUUUUAAUGGAGUCAUUUUUGUUGUUAAACUGCAGUAAUGUUUGUUACAAACUCUGACUUCAUGUGUAUAAAAUAUAUUUAAUUUAAUGUUUAUUCAUCAA